CGAAACAUCACCAGACGAUUUUGUAUACGCAUGCUCAGAUAAGCGGUAUCGCUUCCUUUUCAAUUUUGUGGGUGUGUUAUGUGAGUUUAAUGAGUUGAAAGGCUCGUUUUGAAGUAAAGAACGUAAAAUGAUUCGAUUCAUACUUAUUCAAAAUAGAGCUGGUAAAACUAGACUUGCAAAAUGGUACAUGAAUUUUGAUGAUGAUGAAAAGCAGAAGCUGAUUGAGGAAGUUCAUGCUGUUGUAACAGUCAGAGAUGCCAAACAUACAAAUUUUGUCGAGUUUCGAAAUUUCAAAAUAGUUUACCGUCGAUAUGCUGGAUUGUAUUUCUGCAUAUGUGUAGAUGUGAGCGAUAACAAUCUUGCAUAUUUAGAAGCCAUUCAUAAUUUUGUAGAAGUAUUAAAUGAAUAUUUCCACAACGUCUGUGAACUUGAUUUAGUGUUCAACUUUUACAAGGUUUACAGCGUUGUCGAUGAAAUGUUCCUUGCUGGCGAGAUACGAGAAACCAGUCAAACCAAAGUGUUGAAACAGUUGUUAGUUUAUAAUUCAUUAGAGUAACAACCAGUUCAAGAUAUUAACUUACAAAUUAAUGGGUAAUACAUUGUAUAUUGUUCAUUUUCAUUUUUUUUUCCUAGAAAAUUGAAUUUGAAAAUUUAUUGUCAAACAUCUGAUAUGAAAACUAUAUGUAUAUUUGUUUAUUAUUAUUUUUUUAAUAUGUGAUGUGCAUAAAAAGAAAAUUGUUUUGUAUACCUUAUACAUUAUUAUCUGUAACUCAUAAUUCUAUAAAAAUAAUGAUUUCAAGUUAAA